CUUUAACUAUCAUUUUGCAUUAUUGAGACACUGUCUUCCAAAUGAAUGUUGUUCAGUGCUUUGGCGCAAUGUAUUUUGUUUAAAGCACUAUAUAAAUAAAGGUGAUUGAUCACAACGGAUUGCUCAAGGUGGGAGGAAGGCUUUGUGAUGCUUCUGCCCCUAACUCUGUUAAACAUCCAGUGUUAAUUCCAAAGGAACAUCACCUUACAAAACUUCUGAUCGCUGAUUGUCAUGAAAAAACGGCACAUCAAGGGAAGGGCUUGACUAUCAAUGAGAUCAGAUCAAGAGGAUUUUGGAUAACAGGAGUAAACAGGACUGUAGCAUCCUUUAUACGACAGUGUGUGAGAUGUCGCAAGCUUCGCAGACCCACUGAAGAGCAAAAAAUGGCUAACCUGCCCUCAGAGCGCAUAGAUCCAUCCCCUCCAUUCACAUACAGCGGAAUGGAUGUUUUUGGUCCGUUCUUCACUAGACAAGGCCGUAAAUCGUACAAGAGGUAUGGACUUAUUUUUACUUGUUUCUGUUGCAGAGCCAUCCAUAUUGAGAUGCUGGAUGACAUGUCCACAGACGCCUUUAUCAAUGGUCUACGUUGUUUCAUCGCUGUAAGAGGAGCAGUAAAUCAAAUAAGGUGUGACCAAGGCACUAAUUUCAUUGGAGCCAAGAAUGAGCUCACCAAGGCCAUGGAAGAGAUUGACACCAACCGUCUGGUAACAUUCGUAGCAGAAAAACAGUUUGACUUUGUCUUUAACGCACCCCAUGCAAGUCACACUGGCGGAGUUUGGGAGAGACAGAUUAGAACUGUCAGAAGUGUUCUUCGUUCCACUCUGUCCCAGUCAUCUGGAAGGCUAGAUGAUUCUUCUCUGCGAACAUUUUUCUAUGAAGCCAUGGCCAUUGUAAAUAGUCGUCCACUCACUGUAGAUAACUUAAGUGAUCCCUGCAGUCCUGAGCCUCUAACCCCUAAUCACCUCCUCACCCUGAAAACUACUCAAGCCUUACCACCCCCUGGGAAGUUUGUCAGAGAAGACCUAUAUGGUCGUAAGAGAUGGCGCCAUGUCCAAUACUUAGCAGAACAGUUUUGGGGACGUUGGCACAAGGAGUAUGUGUCUAACAUUGCAACAAGACAAUGCUGGCUUUCACCAAGAAGGAACAUGCAAGCGGGAGAUAUAGUCUUGGUGAAAGCAGCCGAUCUGCCCAGGAAUGAGUGGCGCUUGGCAGAAGUUAUUGAGACUGUCGUUGACAAAGAUGGUUUGGUGAGAAGAGUAAAGAUACGUUUUGGAGACAGAAAUCUGGGAAAGGAUGGUAAACGUCUGAACAAACCAUCAUUAGUUGAACGCCCAGUGCAGAAGCUGGUCCUGCUGCUGGAGGCACACUGAACAUCCUGACAUAUCCUUUGAUUUAAGCAGUUUAUAGUAGAACAAGUUUCAGUUUGCUUUACAUCUAGCCUUAAACAUUGGUAUUUUACUUUAGAAAUCAUUCGUGACUAAAGUUUAAAAUUUAUAGUCACACAUGAUUGGUGGGAGUGUAAAUAACCAUCAGUUAUUUAAUUAGUUUCCAGGAUUUAUAUAUUAUUCUUAUAUUAUUUAAUUAUAUCCUUUCUUAAUAUUAGUCAACUGUUUGUUAUAUUUUGUAGUGUUAUUUUACACUCAAUAAGUUAUUUAACCGAUAGAGACUUUUAUUUUGAAAGGCGGCUUGACGGAAGUGCUCAGAGCCCGCUCAUGAGAGCGCCCAAAGACGGAGACUGCACACGGCGUUAGGAAUUAAGGACACUUUUAAGUGAAUUUAUGCAUCAGAUUGUUGUUUUAUUUUCAGUAUUCUGUUUGCUUUGAGUUUGUUGCUUGACACCUGGUUGGAAAGGAGAACAAGCUCUUACGGUGUUGUGAAGUCUAUAAGGACAAUAAACACAAAAGGAAAGACCGUACAACAUCAGUGAAUGAGUUAAAUCCUUUAUUCUUCAACCGGGCUGUUACAAACUGGAAAAAAAGUAACAAAAAUAAAUAAAUAAAUAAAUAAAUAAUUAUAAACACAAAAUAAAACUGCUUAAAAUAAAAUAAGAAUGAGCUUGCACCCAUUGUUUUUAUAAGUUAAAAACUGCUGAACUGCUUAAAAUAAAAUAAGAAUGAGCUUGCACCCAUUGUUUUUAUAAGUUAAUGUAUACAGUAUAUGUUUACUUAUUUGUUUGUUUGGUUUACCUUACAAUAUUAUAAAUAUUGGGGAUUUGUUAAUGACUAAUUAAAAUUAUUAUUUUUUUCUUCUUCUUUUUCAUUGUUCAU